UCUAAUUUACCCAUACAAUUUAUAUAUUUCAGUUUGAUUUAGUUAUCUGAGUAUGCAACUUACAUUACAUCAAUUCCCACAUUUUCAAUUUUCUAACCUGCAUAAACAAAGUUAGCGGUAAACUGCAGUGAAUUUUGUUAACACUUAAAGACAACAAUUAAAAUGAAUUUAAAUCGAAGUGUACAACACACCAACCAAACAAACGACCAGCAAGUAAACUUCAUAGACCUCCAGGAAACAAGCAGCAUCAAAUCAGUCCACUUUUCACCAUAUGAAUGGAGUCAAGACACAAUAAUUGUAGUUCUGGAAGACCUUAUUAUUGUCGGCCAAGUUUCCAUUCAGGACACCAUAAGUUUAAAGAAACUAUGUGAAAUUGAAUACAGUGGAGCAUACACAGCACUGUCAAUUUCUCCAGAUGCAUGCAUCAGCACUCUGCCAAUACAUAUUCAGUUCUGUGUGGCCGACACAAAGGACUUUAACUUGAGAGUCUACUCCUGCACUGGCACUUCAGAAGAGGCUCAGGUUCACAAGGACUUGGUUGGUCAUAGAAGCUAUAUAAAUGCUGUGGCUUAUGAUCCAGAGAAUAAUUACAUUUCAUCUGUGAGUGAUGACAACACCUGUAGGGUUUGGUCUAUUCCAGAGGAUCAUGAGUGUGUUGCUACUUUCAUCUUGUCAUCACCAGGCAUGGCAACUUGUUGGCACCGCGAGGACGUAUCCAAACUGCUUGUGGCUGAGAAAUGCGGCAUCAUUCGCUUCUAUAACAUAAACACGCAAAAAGCGCUUAUGUCACUCGACGUGCGCAAAAAUCUUUACGACGUCCACUGGGCCCCCUCCGAUUCGCAACUUCUCGGCUCAUUGCAAAUGGGCGAGCUCAUCCUGUGGGACGUAACUAAACCCAGCUGUCCUAAGCAAAAACUGUUAUUUACUCAACAUGGCGGCUCGUUGCGAUUCAGUGCACUAGGCGAACUAGUCGCCGCUGUAAACAAACUCGAAGGAUCACUGAAAGUCGUUCAUAUUCACACUUUACAGCAGAGAUUAAAUGUUCCGAUACAGUUACCGACGAAUGUUACUUGGCACAGUCGACUUCCUGUGCUGUGUGUGGGCGACGAUCGCAGAUUGUGUUUCUGGAAAGUCAAAUCCAAAUAAUAAUUAAAAUAAAACACUUGUAAUCUAGUUAUCUACCCGUGUUGGCGUUUGUGGUGGCAUUUCAGCGCCUGACACUUGCACAAAAUCAUCAUUUAGCGUGAACGUAUACCACAUUCAUUAUACCGCAUUCUUUUUGUAUUGUAUUUUUACACCGAAGGGGAAAAUAAACACAAAUUAUUGAAA